CUGUGGGGUUCCCCUGACCUAAGGCUGGGCUAAUGCAGAGCGUAUAAGAGCGAUUCGCCUCCUCCGCCUCCUCAAAAACGCCGCCCGGUCAAGCUUUACUGCGGUGCUACACUCGUUUUUCGGCAUCUUCAUGCACUCACACUCACUCAUCCUUUUCAUUUUUGCAUAGCUUAAGCCCUCGUGGCUAGUCACUCGUUAAUACACCUUUGCCUUCCUCGACACUCGCCGUUUGCCGAUCCGGGGUAAACGCGUUAAGCUUUUCCACAAUCAACAAACAGAUCAGCCACCUCCACAUAUAGAUAACGCCCAUCUUCGUCCCCAUGUUGGCCUCUACUUAUUCCCUAAUUUUUGCCCUAUUCUCGGUCACGGUCGACUGUUCACCACUUCCGAAGGCACUCGUACCGCGCCUCCAGCAACUGGACGGCGAGACGGUUCCCGACAGAUUUGCAUUUAACGAUGCCGUUCCCCUCGCCAGGACUGGGUGGACCGCGGUAGCCGACAGCAUUCAGGGUGGAGAUGUCGCCAACAGAGUGCUCGAUGGCAAUGCGAAUACCCUAUGGCAUUCCGAGUACACUCCCGCACUCAAAGCUCUUCCUCAUACCAUCACCAUCGACAUGAAGAAGAACAACUGGAUCAAUGGAUUCGCCUACCUGCCCCGCCAGGACUCCAGCAACAACGGCAACAUCGGCCAGCACACCAUCCAAGUGAGCAAGGACAAUACCAACUGGCAACAAGUCGCCCUUGGCACAUACGGAAACACCAAACUGGAAAAGAAGACCCUGUUCUCUUCUGUUCAAGCACGCUAUGUGCGAAUCACAGCUUACACGGAAGCCCAAGGAACCAACCUUGCAUACACCAGCGCAGCCGAGAUCAACAUUCUCAGUGGGCCAGACCCAAUCCUUCCCCGAGACACCUGGAAGGUCAGCGCAGACAGCGCGCAAGCUGGAAACGCGGCAGACCUAGCUAUUGAUGGCGACGUCGACACGAAAUGGCACACCCCUUUCACCGGCGGAAACCUACCUGGCUAUCCCCAUACCUUCACUAUUGAUCAAGGUGCCGUGACAGCUGUUUCCGGCUUCAGCUACCUUCCACGACCGGAUGCGUCAGGCCCCAAUGGACGUGUCGGCAAAUACAUCAUCCAAUACACCAACAACACGAACACUUGGGCUGAUGCUGCCUCUGGCACGUGGGUUGACGACUCCAACCCUAAGACCGUCACCUUCCCUGUGCACUGGGCACGCUACUGGCGCCUUAGGGCUCUCAGCGAGGCCGGUAAUCGGGGACCCUGGGCCAGUGCCGCAGAGAUCAACUUGCACGACGGCAGCUCCAAGGGUGUCAAGACACCACUACCGGCUAGCUUGGGUCAAUGGUCUGAGACGAUCGACUUCCCAAUCGUCCCAGUUGCUGCUGCUGUGCUCAGCAAUGGCAAGGUCGUGACCUGGUCCGCACAGUGGGCAGACUCGUUCGGAGGAGGCACAGGCCAGACGCAGACUGCCAUCUUCGACCCGGCGACUGGCAAGGUGUCUCAGAAGAUUGUCACCAACACGAAGCACGACAUGUUCUGCCCUGGUAUCUCGAUGACCGCUGACGGAAAGGUUGUUGUCACUGGCGGCAACGAUGCUGCCAAGACAAGCAUCUACACCGUCGCCAGCGACGCAUGGGCCUCAGGUGCCAACAUGCAGAUCAAGCGUGGCUACCAGGGUCAGGCUACCCUAUCUGAUGGACGCAUCUUCACCAUCGGUGGUUCCUGGAGCGGUGGAUACGGCGGCCAGGACGGAACUCCCUUCAAGAACGGAGAAAUCUACAGCCCGGGCGCGAACAAGUGGACACUUCUCCCAGGCGCCAAUGUCAAGAAGAUCCUGACCCAGGACGCCCAAGGCCCCUUCAGAACCGACAACCACGCCUGGCUCUUCGGCUGGAAGGGUGGCUUCGCCUUCCAAGCCGGCCCAUCCAAACAAAUGAAUUGGUUCGAUAUGAGAGGCGACGGUGUCACUACAUCCGCUGGCAACCGUGGCGACGACAACGACGCGAUGAACGGCAACGCCAUCAUGUACGACGCUGUGGCCGGCAAGAUCCUCACCAUCGGUGGUGCCAAGGACUACCAAGAGACGACUGCUACCGCCAACGCCCACAUCAUUACUUUGGGUGGACAAGGAGGCGCAGUUUCCGUAACCAAGCUUACCUCGAUGAAGUACGCCCGCAGCUUCGCCAACAGCGUUGUUCUUCCCGACGGCAAGGUUCUCAUCAUGGGUGGCCAGCACUUCGCCAAGCCCUUCUCUGAUGAUACCGCUGUCCUGUACCCCGAGCUCUGGGACCCAGCGACUGGCAAGUUCACCGUCAUGAACCCGGCCAACAACCCCCGCAACUACCACAGUGUCGGCGUGCUGCUGCCCGACGGCACCGUCUUCUCCGGUGGUGGAGGACUCUGCGGAUCCUGCACAUCGAACCACUUCGAUGCUGAGGUCUUCAGGCCCCCGUACCUGUUCACUGCCUCUGGCGCUCUGGCUACUCGCCCGACCAUCACCAAGGUCUCGGCUACCACUGUUACCGUUGGUGACAAGAUCCAGAUCACCACUGGUGGCACCGUCACCAGCUUCUCGCUAAUACGCAUGGGCUCGGCGACGCACUCGAUCAACACUGACCAGCGCCGCAUUCCCCUGACACCCACCAAGACCGCAAGCGGGUACCAGAUCACUGUGCCUGGAGAUUCGGGUAUCGCGCUGCCCGGUUCGUGGAUGUUGUUCGCGAUCCAGAAUGGCGUUCCCAGCGUGGCUAAGACGAUCUUGAUCAAGGCCAAACCGAUUUGAGGGUUUAAAGGGGUAAUUAUGGAUUGGGGCAUGACAUGGUUCGGAGGCUUUUCCGAAAGUGUUAAUUCUAAUGCGUCUACGCACGCGAGAUAAACGGUUGAAUGUACAAUGCUGCUUGGUUAAAAUAAUAAGUAGUAAUUAAUUCGAAGGUCAAAAUCAACCAUAGAGUUCUAUGCACUGCCUUUUUGAGCGAUGGAGGACGUCGAGGUAAGGUUUAGGUUAGCCGUUCUGUACUACCUUGUUACAUGU